UAUUUCCAUUUUUUUUGUGGAGUUCCAGACAUCCUUUACUCAGGAUUAUGCACAAACAGCAUGGAUCCAUUCCAUCGUAGACUGUGUGACCAUGCUGUGUGCUCCGCUUGGGAGUGUUGUCAGUAACCAUUUAUCCUGUCAAGUGGGAAUCAUGCUGGGUGGCUUGCUUGCAUCUACUGGUCUCAUCCUGGGCUCAUUUGCCACCAGUCUGAAGCAUCUCUACCUCACUGUGGGAGUUCUUACAGGUCUUGGAUUCGCGCUGUGUUACUCUCCAGCUAUCGCCAUGGUCGGCAAGUAUUUCAGCAGACGGAAAGCCCUUGCUUACGGGAUCGCCAUGUCGGGAAGUGGCAUUGGCACCUUCAUCCUGGCUCCUGUGGUUCAGCUCCUUAUUGAACAGUUUUCCUGGCAGGGAGCGUUACUCAUUCUUGGGGGCUUCGUUUUGAAUCUCUGUGUUUGCGGUGCCUUGAUGCGGCCAAUUACUCUUAAAGAGGACCAUACAACUCCAGAGCAGAACCACGUCGGUAGAGCUCAGAAACGAGACUUUAAGCGGGCAUCUCCCUGCUCAACUUUGACCAAAGAGUGGGUGCAGACCUGCCUUUGUUGCUCUUUGCAGCAAGAAUACAGUUUUUUACUGAUGUCAGACUUUGUUGUGUUAGCCAUUUCUGUUCUGUUUAUGGCUUAUGGCUGCAGCCCUCUCUUUGUGUAUUUGGUGCCUUAUGCUUUGAGCGUCGGAGUGAGUCACCAGCAGGCUGCUUUUCUUAUGUCCGUACUUGGGGUGAUCGACAUUAUUGGAAAUAUCACAUUUGGAUGGCUAACCGACAGAAGGUGUCUGAAGAAUUACCAGUAUAUUUGCUACCUCUUUGCUGUGGGACUAGAUGGGCUCUGCUAUCUCUGCCUCCCCAUACUUCAAAGUCUUCCCCUGCUCGUGCCUUUCUCCUGUACCUUUGGCUACUUCGAUGGUGCCUACGUGACUUUGAUCCCGGUAGUGACUGCUGAAAUAGUGGGGACCACUUCUUUGUCGUCAGCGCUCGGUGUGGUGUACUUCCUCCAUGCAGUGCCAUAUUUGGUGAGCCCACCCAUCGCAGGAUGGCUCGUAGAUACAACUGGCAGCUACACAGCAGCAUUUCUUCUCUGUGGAUUUUCAAUGAUAUUUAGUUCUGUGUUGCUUGGCUUUGCUAGACUUGUAAAGAAAAUGAAAAAAACACAGCUGCAGUUCCUUGCCCAAGAGUCCGACCCCAAGCUGCAGCUAUGGACCAAUGGAUCGAUGGCUUAUUCUGUUGCGGGAGAAUUAGAUCAGAAAGAUGGCAAGGAGCACCACUCCAUGGAGAAUGUUGGACAGAGCUGAUAUAAUUAGCUGUUAUGAGGGGUAAUGUCAAGGCAUGACCCAGACAGCUAACACUGGGAAGCAACUUUGUCUGCAAGUCUCUGCACCCCUAUCUUUCCUCCUCAGUUAGAAGGCAAAUGGAAACACUGCAUGAAAGUUUGCUUACUUUAUGCUGUUCGUAGAAGCGGGGGUUGCUGAGGAUCUGUAUUAAUCAUUGCCUUUUGAAGAAUCUGAAGUAUUCUUUGACAACCCUGCUGUCACGAGGAACUCCUCUAUGAAAAAGGUUUGGCAUCUUCGCCUUCUACCACCACUGAAAGCUCUCUGCCUAAGACUGCGGCGCUCACCUCUGACCAGGUGCACACCUCUGUGACUGUCACAGAUACUUACUCUGAAUUUAGCAGAACACACCAAGUCACACAGGUGGUGUCUAAAACUUACCUGAAAUGUUAGUGCCAACACUUCCUUUUUUUUUUCUUCAGAAAUAAAGCUUUUAUUUAAAUUGUAGACACAUUGUUAAGAACAGGAAAAUGUUGGCAGUAUUCCAACUGGGCAGGAAUUGAAUUCUUGAGUCAGCAGGUCUCUGGUGGAAGUUUGUUUUCCAGAUCAUUUAGGUUCAUCAUUACCCAAAACAGGACUUGGGGGUUUUGCCUGAAAAAUAUUAUUCUUAAGCAACAUUCUGAAGGUGAGAUUCCUUUCUCCCUUCUUAAUUCUGGCUCCAGGGUCCACUGCUCUUCAUCACUGUAUGGAUAAUCAUUAGAAACUUGGUGGACCUUUUCAGUUGAAUGAGAAGGCUUCAGUGAUCCCACGAAUCAUUGCUCUGGCCGGGGCAGCAGGAGGAGGGGGCUGAAGGGGCUAGUGGCAUGACAUUUUACAGUUUGUAGAACUCUUUCACACCCCUUACUCAUUGGAUUAGAAUAGUGUACUCGUUCCCAAAUACUCUGCUUUCCUAUGGUUUGGGAUAAUUUCUGAGUCUUCAGAUUGAAGAGAGUGGGCACACAGAGAGAAGAGAAAUCCGGACCUCCCAGAAUGUCUCCAAACACUUUAAAUCCACAAAAUUAUAAUCCUGAAUCCCAAAUCACAUUGUACCUAUAAAUAGGAGCAAGUUAUACCAUUGAAAUUGGAUUUUAAUCAUUCAACAAUUUUAAAUCUGAACCUCAAGGAAAUGUUUUGACCUUGAAGGCCCUUUAACUUAGUGUCCCCCAAGGGGCAUCACAAAUGCCCUGCCAAGGGUACUGAGAGAAAAACAACACAGCAAUGAGGAAGAUUCUAGGUUGACAAAGCAUGUUCAGCAAGAGGCUUUGCCUAUAACUGUAUUAUUUCAUAAACUUACAUAUUAAUAACUGCUUUCAGAGCAAAAUACAGACUUGAUCUGAUGGGAGAACACUAUAAUAUUUCAGAAUUGUUUUCCAAAGAAGAUUUGAAUGUUUCCUGUUACCUUUUUACACAGUUUGAGAAUUUAGCUUUGAACCCAUCUUCCUUGUCAUUUGCAAUUUAAAAACAGUAUUUGGAAAAUGUCUGUAAAAAUGCAAAGUUAAAAUGGAGUUAUCUGUGUUUGGAACAGCCUUUAAAUGUCACUUCCUAAAUCUUCAAGUCUAAAGAAUUAUAAUAUAUAGUAGUUAUAAAUAUUAUAGAUAUUUUUUCUGAGUGAUGAUCACAGUAAAAUUUUGUCUAUCUGGUUCUGCAAUAUAAUUUCCCUAAAGUAUUGUAAGUAUUCAUGAAAAAUGAGCAUAGAAAGCCUCAUUUUUAAAAAUUUGUAUGUUAAGGUAUUUUGACUUUAUCCAUGCAUAGUUUUGUGUUUUAAUUCCUUUUUGAGUGGCAAUUUUAGAAAACUAGGAAAAUGGAAAUCUUAAGGAAAAUGUAAAUCUGAGAGUCUUCCAUUUUCAACUACACAAAAUGUUGCUGUUAAGGUUCCAUGUGCCUAUACUGUUCAUUUAAGAAUGGAGGGAUUCAUGGGAAUGAUGUGUUAUGUGGAAUAAAGAACAAAAUUCUGGUGGAA